AUGCAGCGUCCACAGUAUAAGAGUGAUCAAUUGGAUCAAUUGGAAUUGAUCUCGCCCCUGACUGAUUCAAGUCGAGAGGAAGCCGGUGCGCUCUGUCUCGGUGGGCUCACCGCACAAUUCGGACCCCGUUCCGAGUAUCUUGAUCUUGAUCUUGAGCUUGAUCUAGUCUGGACUUUGAUUGGUAUUGGUCGGUCGUGCCGUAUGGCGGAUUUGAUCAAUCUCGAGUGGGAGUUGAUGGAUCGAUUGGGCGCAGCUAAUCGAGGAGGAUCGGCCGACAAGCUCGCGGCUCGCAGCUAG